UUCGAAAACGCACAUUAUCGAACCAAAAAUGUAUUAUUACAUUUUAAUUAUUAUUUAUAUUGCCAGUAGUUUUUCAAAUGGAUUUAUUUUCACUUCUUAUCCUUUGAAAGAGAAUAUGGAAUUAACUAAUUCAGCAUCGUCUGCUUUGAAGAAAUUUUUUUUAUAUCUAACAAAAGAAGAAGGUAUGGGCUGUAAAAAAUGUACAAUGAUAUUGAAUGCUUUUAAUUGGGUACACAAAAUAAAUAAUAAUGAAAUUCAAAAACUAUUCAAGGAUGAAAAUAUAAGCAAAGACGAAUUUAUGAAUUUUGAACAAUUUAAGAAACUAGCGACGAAGCGUAUCAUUCAAUUAGAAAAUUCUAUUGAAAAGCGUUUUAAAAUGGUUUCGAAAGGACAAAUUAUGAUAACUUUAAAAGAAUUAAUAAUAGUUCUUAGAUCAUUACAUAUCCAAUUCACUGAAGACAAUGUUAUUGAAUUAGUGUCUCAUGUUAACGAUAAAGUCCCAGAACGUAUUAUUAUGGAAGAUAAAGGCGCACAACGUAUUGGUAUGGAAGCAUUCAGAAAAAUAUUCACAACUAUAUUUCAUAACAACGCCGUUGAACUUAUGGAUAAGAAAUAUGGUGAAAAUGCUAUUAUUGAUUUGACAUAUUUUAAUGUAUAAAUAAUUGUUAAAGCUGAAUUAAUAAUAAAUUGAAUUAG